AUGGCUUUCAGAUGGACGCUGCUUCCGGCUACGCUCUUCGGCGUUCUUGUGUCCCUCAGCGUAUUCUUGCCGUCGGCCGAGGCCGGGUGCUGUCCCAACGCGUGCUCGGGCCACGGGACCUGCACAGUAGACGACGCGUGCGUCUGCUACAGCAACUGGCAGAACGGCGAAGAAUUUUUCGAGACCGGAGACUGCUCGGACCGCACUUGCCCGUAUGAGAUCGCCUGGAGUGACUUCCCAGACGACUCUGGGGCCCACCAUACGUACGCCGAGUGCGCCAACAAGGGGACCUGCGACCGUACCACUGGGGAGUGCGUAUGCUUCGAGGGGUACGAAGGGAAGGGCUGCGCCCGCAUGUCGUGCCCCAACGACUGCUCCGGCCACGGCCGGUGCAUGUUCGCGGACGACCUCCCGUACGGCGUUAACCUGGGGUCCUUCUACCACGACCAGAACAACAACACGGACCACCUGGGCGAGCUCGGAGACACCAACGGCAAUGACGCCGUGACGUUCGAGUACCACGGGUGGGACGAGGGCAAGACCCGCAUGUGCCGCUGCGACCCCGGCUACGAGGGGGUAGACUGCUCGUACCGCUCCUGCCCCCAGGGGAAUGACGUCAUGGUGGAGAGGCUCAACCGCGUCGCCUCCGUCAAGUAUCAGAAGCAGGCCAUCUGCCUGUACAGCUCGGGGACAGCCUUCUCGGGGACCGAGUUCUGGUCCUGGGACUACAACGCGAACAACCCGAUUGUGCAAAGGUAUAGCGCUCUCUCGCUCAACUUCACGGGGCAGACGUUCGCCCUCACCUUCACCUCGGCUAAGGAGGAGCGGUUCACGACCAUCCCAAUCAACCUCGACGGCGACGGCUACACGACCAUGCCCUACGUGACGGCGGACUACAUCAAGAGCGCCCUGGAGGGCCUUCCCAACGGCGUCAUCGACUCGGUUCAGGUGGACGUGGCCUACAACGCGACCGGGUCGGUGAUCGCCGGGGAGGUGAUCGAGGAGUACCCCUGCGACGAGCUCAUCGUGGUCACGUUCGACGGCGCACAGGUCCAGGGAAACCAGCACCUGUUGGAGGUCGAGUGGAGGCCCUGCGGUGACGGUUGCACCCCCAAGCUCGACGGCCUCCCGCUGUCCACCAUCGACACCCAGUUCGACAACCUACCCUACACCAUCGGGGCGCACCGGUCGUACGUGCAGCAGAUCCAGUCGGCGGACUACGAGUCCUACGUCUGCGGUGGGCGCGGGAAGUGCGACUACACCACGGGGGAGUGCGCGUGCUUCACGGGGUACUACGGCCUCCACUGCGAGACGCAGACCGCGCUCAUCUGAUCCUUGCGCUUGUCGGCGUCAAUAGUGCUCAUCUGAUCCUUGCGAUUGUCGGCGUCAUGAGCUCUCCGGGGGGAUUUUUGAAGUGGAACUAGUCCGUCCACAGUGUUUCGUUUCUUCUAGGGGCGAGGACAGAACAUCUGUAGGCUUACCCCGUGAGAAAACUCUUUCCGAUGACGCAACACAGCGAUUGACAGGGGAUGCUGGGCCUGGUUCAGUCUGAGAUAACGGCAGCUUGUCGCAACACGUGCAGCCAGCCAUGGAUGGUACCCUCCGGUCUUACAAUAGUCUAGUGUAUUGAUCUCGGCGAACAGUCAUCGAGGCUAAUUGGGUCGGCCGUCGUCGUCCGCGUUCUGGUCAUCCACGGAGGGGUUCUUUUCUUUGUUGUUAAUAUUCCGGAAAUAGUAAGCUUUAGACUAUGCGUGGAUGAUCAAAAAGGCGUUCACAUGCCAACCGCCCGCGUGCGUGGCCGUCAUUCUUUUCUCUCUUUCAAUCCUUGUGCUUGCUUUCGUCUCCUCCUCCGCUUGAACUAUUUUUUUCCCUCCUGCGUUUUGUCGUGGGGGCUCUCGGAUUGUCUCAAGAAGUUGGUUCGACAUUUUUUGUAAGAGGGAUUCGAGCAUUGGCCUGUCUAGAUUUGUAUGUACCGUACAAGACUGCGGAGUGAAGGUGAUUCAGAAGGGCAAUGGCUAUGUACCCUAAGAAAAUGCUCAAAAUGCGCUCCGGCGCGGUGCAUGUCAUCCAAUCCGCGAAAGGAAUUUAGCCUUGCGGUGGCGGCUGGCUCUUUAUUCUCUUGUUGGACCUGGUUACGACGCUUGUGUAGACAUCGACCAUCGUAACUGGAUGCGAUGCCGGUGUGCUUGGUGAGAGGACAGUAGAAGCCUUAGGCUCGAAUUUCGUGAUGGCGGACGACUAUUGUUUUUUCUAUUUUAGAGGCUGUUAGCGCAUGCUAUGUGCUCCGGGGACGUUGGCACAAAACACACACAUCCAACACCCUUCGUGUAGCACGCGCUGGAGG